AUGCAGGAUGCUCUCGAGACUGUUGAUCUCAAUACAGCUUUAAGUGGCACUGUGGCCUCCAACUCGGGCAACGAAAGCUCUACCAUCGUGAAUCGUCAAAACGAAGUUGGGCAGAUUGCUGGGAUCAUCACAGGAGCAAGUGAGACCCAAAGUAAUGAUGGCUGUGGCGAUCUAAUGGAGUUAGAUCCUCCACUUGCCCACUCUGAUCUAGAAGAUGGGGCCGGACAAGUUGGAGUUGAGAGUGUCGUGGGAAUGAAUGGAACUGAGCAACUGGGCGGCAUCUUGGAUUCAUCUGGAGAAUCCUCACCAUCAGCCACUGGAAUUCCGGAACUUGAGCCAGAAGACAACUCAGCUUCCGAACACAUUCAUAACGACAGCGACAGCGACAGCGACAGCGACCAAGACUUGCAUACUUGGGAGGGGGCUUGCCUGCAAGACAUUCGAAAAUUGCAAAGCGAGGUCGCGGCGCUGGAGGAGGAGCUUAAUCAUCGUCGGGGACGGGGUGGACAACGUACUGAAAUUACUUGGCCCGAAAUUCUGCGAUGUUACCUCACCCAACGCUUUGGCGAGCUGCCUGAAGCCCGAUUCCGGAUUCUGCAGAACGCGUUGUGCUUUGACUCGAAGAUUCACGCCUUAUCCCGGCUCGAUCCUUUCCAGCCGCCAUGCCUCGAAAGCGCUCCCGCCGAGGACGAGUCAGACUACGCCCUGCCACGGCUUUUGCAUCGGUUUCACACCAGGCAUGCGAAAGUCAGCCUCACGAAUGCUACUCAACCUAAUGACUUGCUGGCACCAUUGCUCGGUCGCUUCGCAGGAGGAAUCAAGGCAAAACUGCAGCGUUUGCAGCACAUCGAGAUUCUCUGGUUGGGUUCGCAGUAUCUCACCCACAAAAGAAGUGAGCGUGGCAAGUACACCUCUCGACGAACUCAGCCAUUGAUGUGGCUGCCUGAGGCUAUUCGCCUGAAGACGAUCAAAAUCUACUUGCCAGAGUCAUCGGAACGCUACAGGCGGCGCCGGCAUGAACCUUCCGGUGUCGUUGGAUUUAUGGAGAGGAUAACGCAGCGACAACCAAACUAUCGCAUGUAUCGGUGUCUCAGGACUCUUCAAGGCCUCGACUACGUAUACUGUUUGAGAGGCAUCAAGAAGAUUUCCUUCUGGGACUACACAACAAAGUACCACAUUCGAGACACGACUUUUCAACUCGACGUGGAAACAACGGUGAAGCAGCCGAAAACGGCUGAUGAUGACCAGAGAUCCCAAGUACGAAACCUGGCCCCUCUGCUGGCCAACUAUGACCCGCCCAACAUACUUUGGCAAGUCAUGUACACAUGCCUUCCCAAGCCUGGGAACCGGGAAGACAGAGCCGGCGAGGUCGGAGACUUGCGUGGAUGGGAUCCUAGUAACGCGAGUAACUCAAGCUCGGAGGAGGAUUCCAGUUCAGGAGAUGCGGAGGAUCACACGGGUCAGCACGGUGCGGGUGUCACCCGUGGUUGUCAGUCCAGGUCUACAAGCCUAGUUCCAUCCCAAGGCAACGACAGCUUGAGCAUGAUGGACCGGAGUAAAUCGGGUGGUGUCGAGCAUGCUGCUGGUGCCGUCGACAAUGUCUCUUACAACGAGAGUGAGACCCAAGCCAUAGAAGACGUCAACCUUGGUCUUGUCAUCGAUCUCACAAGUGAUGACGACCAUGAUGGAAGCGUUGCUGCCGAGUGUACAGGCAGCACGUCUGACGCGAGAUCUGCGGAAACUGGCCCAGCCUUUAUGCCAACCUCGGAGCACUCAUCCAUGUCCCCCAACCGUGAGACGAGCAUCAGCUCGGAGCAAAGCGCCAUAGCAAACGAAGCUUCUCCAUCUCUCUUUGUAUCCGAUAUUGAGUUUACUAACGAUGGCAAUCUCUUUUCCCGGUCUCCGACGGAAGCUAGGGAGCAAAGCGCCCUGAAAAACGAAGCUUCUCCUUCUCUCUUUGUAUCCGAUAUUGGUUUUGUUGACUUGACUGUUGAGGAUGGCAUGCUCUUUUCCCCGUCUCCGACAGAAGCUAGGGGGGCAAAUUGA